AUGGACUCUAAGUUGUCUAUCUGUCAAAUAUCGGCUUUCAUCGAGACCUACCUACCCAACGAACAGAUUCCCGCCGUGUCCCGGGAAGUUUCAUCAGCUUACAAGAAACAUGAUGCGUGUACGCAUACCUUGGAGAUUUUCAAAGGCCUGUUCCGAAUGAGUUUCCCCGAGCCAACAAGUCGGGUCCUCAAGGCGUUCCAGGGGAUAGAGAACAUUGUUCGCAAAACUUUGAGUAAGACGCAAAGAACGCGCCUCAAUAAAUACUCCAUCCGUACUGUGGAUGGGGAAGGUGGUAUACUCGAAUCUUGCUUGACCAACGACAAUCAUGACGACACCAGUACCUCCUUGGGCGCAACCGACAUUGCGAUUCCUGUCCUCAUCGCGAGCGGGACCAAAAAUGAUAGUCAGAACCUUCGCAAUCCCCUACCAGAUUUCUUUCGAGUGAUAAACGAAGACGCCCGCCGAAGGCACCUCUACGCAAUCACCAUUGAGGAUGGCGACAUGGUGUUGUGGUACCUAUCCCGAUCACAAUGCGUUAAGUCUACCGCGUUCAGUAUGGUAGAGCGAACCGACCUCCUCGUCCGUGUAUUGGUCUGGCUGAUAUCGGCCACGGAUGAAGAGCUCGGGUAUGAUCCCUUGGUCACCUUGCUCCCGGACGGUACCUACGUCUAUGAACUACCGCCGGACGAGGGCAGGAAAGACUCCCUCUAUUAUCAGACCGUUGAGCUCGUUUCCGAGUUCCACUCGGAUGAUCCUGUCGGACGCAGCGCGCGGGUCUGGAAGGUGAAACAGGUGACCUCUCCCACUGAUCUGAAUCGCGUUCCCGGGACUUCCGACAGAAUCCUCAAAGACGUUUCCCUCGAUGCGCGCAUGGAACCCGAGGUGGAGAUUCAGCGACAGCUGUUCGCUGAUAUCGAUGACUUUGGGAAGCGCGCUGACUGGCGCACUGCGGGCGUUUUGAAGGAAAUGCGGGAGGAAGAUGUAGAGACGCUCUCCGAUGCCCUGGAUGGAGAGAACUUCAAGAGAUACUUCUCGUGCAUCGUCGCAAGUCACGUCAGCAAGGCCUACUCCUCUCCGGUUCUUGCUCUCAGCGACUCAAACAAAAGCUGUAUACCAAAGCGUCGGUGCUUAUACCUCUACGAAUUCAUCUGCACCGCGCUCCACGACAUCCCCACUCUUGGUGAAGCAAUCGACAUCCUCAAACAGUGUCUCACAACAAUGCGACUGAUGUACUGCGCAGGAUGGAUCCACCGCGACAUCAGUGUUGGCAAUAUUCUCGCUGUUCAGAAAGGGCCAGAGGCCCCUUGGGAAGUGAAAUUAUCAGACCUCGAAUUCGCAAGAAAGUUUUCUGGCCCUGGCGCGCAUGAAGGGGAGAAGCCCAUGGGGACUCCUUUUUUUAUGUCUUGCGAGCUGCAGUCUGGGAUACCGUUCGUUCCUGAGGAUGAUCAGAGAGUUGACAGCGAGAAUGAGUGCGAAAACGUACAGCCGGCGUGGCACGAGCCUGAUGGGCCAUUGCUGCACAACUUCCAACACGACCUGGAGUCGCUUUGGUGGAUCCUUCUCUGGCUCGUAACAGCCAGAGUCCGCGUUAGCACCUCGCGCGAAUGGAGUGACCACUUUUUCAAGCACAGUACCGACUCCAGACACGGCGAAACGCGCUGUACCUUGCUGGUCAAUACAAAGCCUCUCGAUUCGUUCGCACUCUUUCCUCGGGACCUACCACAGUGUCUGUACAGCCAUUCGUCAAACUUCUUGUUGGCCCUCAACAACUUCAAGCUCGAUCUAUGGCGCUCAUACCGGCGGCGAUAUAGAGCGAAUGGACUAGAAGAUCCGGGCAGUUACUCGUGGAUGAUGGGUAAGGGCGCCUCAAAGUUCUUCCGCAGUAUCGAAAAAUCCCGCGGGGCGUGGGCGUCUGUCCAGUUGACUGUCGAGACAGAGUUGCGAGCACUCAGGCGGGCAGCCUCGAAGGCACCGUUGUCCAACAAGCGGAAGGUGGCGGCGAAUGCGGUUAAUUGGGCCCAGCCGGAUGAACAACACGAAGCGACCCAACCUCGGAAACGAUUGCGACUCACAGCUCCCGACGAGUCUACCACUCGGCCUGAACAACGCUCGAGACCUGUGACAAGGUCGAUGACGAGGGCGCAGCGUGCAGGCCCGACGACGAGAUCCAUGACACGCCGCCUCCAGCAAUCCGUUACUGGCCCGUCCCGACCGACGCAAUCUUCGAAUCGCCGACCUCGUCCAUAA